GGGCGCUCCGCUCCCCUCCCGCCUGCCCUCCCGCACGCCUCCGAACAGCUGGGAGAAAACAAACAGCCCUGUAGUGCAAGUGAGCUGGAGUCUCAGAGGGAUUAACCCCUCUGGUAGCUGACUUCACAAAGGCUGAAAGCGCCUCAGGGGGAGUGGAGGACGGUACAGGAAUGGGGCUGUGACUACAUGGAGAGCGAGUUCCGGGGCUGCAGCUCAGCCACGCUCUGCUCCACUGACCCUUUUGCGGGGGACCAUGGACAGCAGCAGCUGCUGAGAUCGAGUGCUUGGCAGAAGCAGCAGUGGGCUGAAGAUGGAGAAUGGCACAGCAGACGAGCAGAACCAGACUGGGCUGCCACUAUCGAGCCAGGAGGUCAUUACAGCUGAAUACCAAGUGGUCACCAUCCUCUUGGUCCUCCUCAUCUGCGGGCUGGGCAUCGUGGGCAACAUCAUGGUGGUUUUGGUGGUCCUCAGAACCAAGCACAUGAGAACUCCCACUAACUGCUACCUGGUGAGCCUGGCUGUGGCAGAUCUCGUGGUGCUUGUGGCUGCAGGACUACCCAACAUCACAGAGAGCCUGUACGGGUCCUGGGUGUACGGCUACGUCGGGUGUCUCUGCAUCACUUACCUCCAGUACCUGGGAAUCAACGCUUCGUCCUUUUCCAUCGCUGCCUUCACCAUUGAGAGGUACAUAGCCAUCUGCCACCCAAUCAAAGCUCAAUUCCUAUGCACUUUUUCAAGAGCCAAAAAGAUCAUUAUUUUUGUUUGGGCUUUCACCUCCAUAUACUGUAUGCUCUGGUUUUUCUUGCUAGACCUUAAUACAGUAGCCUACAAAGAGACUACUGUUGUAUCCUGUGGCUACAAGGUCUCCAGGAGCUAUUACUCUCCUAUCUACAUGAUGGACUUUGGUAUCUUUUAUGUUGUGCCAAUGGUAUUGGCCACUGUCCUCUAUGGCCUGAUUGCUAGAAUACUGUUCCUGAACCCCAUCCCUUCAGACCCAAAAGAAAACUCAAAGACCUGGAGGGAUGAUGUGGCUCACCAAAGCAAGCCUGUGAAUUCCAGGAUGACUGACAGGAGUUUCAAUAGCACUAUUGCUUCUCGAAGGCAGGUUACCAAGAUGCUGGCCGUGGUUGUGAUCCUGUUUGCAUUCCUCUGGAUGCCCUACCGCACCCUGGUUGUGGUCAAUUCCUUUCUCUCCAGACCCUUCCAAGAAAACUGGUUCCUUCUGUUUUGCAGAAUCUGUAUUUAUUUAAAUAGUGCCAUCAAUCCUGUAAUUUAUAAUCUCAUGUCUCAGAAAUUCAGAGCGGCCUUCAGGAAACUGUGCAAAUACCAGCAGAAACAGGAGAAGAAACCUGCCAGUUACAGCAUGGCUCUAAAUUAUAAUGUCAUCAAGGAUUCUGAUCAUUUCAGCACUGAGCUAGAAGAUAUUACCAAUACCUACAUGUCCUCUGCAAAAUUGUCCAUUGGUGAUACGUGUUUGUCAUCCAAGGCCUGAGGCUGACCUUGUUCUGAGUAUGCAGCCAUACAAGACGUUUGGAUGCUCUGUUCCUACCAAUUGUAUGAAUUGUAAGGACAUUUCUGCUCACAGAAUUCCAGAAGCUACCAUAAAUCUUUACAUAACUGCCUCUGCCCUACAAGAAAAUGCACCGCCUUACGAGUGAAAAGAGUAUAUUAUUGAGGCUAACUGAAUGAAGUAGUUAAUCUCACUUCAGGCAGGUGAGUUGGCUUCAGUAGAAUACUUAAAUCCUUCUUCCCAUUAACUGAAGAGUGGUCUGUGAUCUCAGAAUGAGCAAGGCUCACCAGGACAUGUCCACGGACACAGAGCAGGGCAGUGGAUGAUGCUCCCUGUGAAGACGAGAGGUGAGGAGAGGAGCUGUUCUAAUGUGUGGCUGUGCUGGGCAGCACCUGGGGGGAACCUUCCAACAGCAGCCAAAAUUGCUGCUAAUAUCAGUAAUUACCUGCCAAUGACUUCCUCAUCCCACUUCCAUGCAAAUCUGAUUGCAGCCAUCAUAGUAUGCUUCAAUAAAAAGGUAUCUGAGGGCAAAGAGCACAAAAUCUUUCUUUUCUUCAGUUUAUUUUUACCUUGAGCAGCAUGAAAUUAGAAGAUCCUUCAAUGAAUUUUCAGCAGGGAACAAACAAAUUAAAAUGUCAGUAGGAAGCAUUUUAAAUAUUUUUUUUUCAGCAAUCAGGUUUAUAGAGGUACCAGAUAUACCACUUUAAAUGUAGGUCUCAGCUAUUAGUGAACUCUGUUGGAACUUGACAGAUAUUGAAGAAUAUGCAACAGGCUUUUACCAGCUCCUUUUAUCUUGGUUCAAUACCAAUUGUGUCUCAGAGCACUAGAAGGGGUUUAGCGCUUUAAUAUUGAUAAUAUCUGGGGAAAAGUGGAAAAUUCAGAGAAAAAUGACACUUCUUAAAUGUUUUUUAAAUGUCUCAAAGUUUAUCUAUUGGAAUACUUUAGGACAUAAAGUGUUGUCAGAAGGGAAGUCAUUAUGGCUUUUUAAUUCCCAGCAUAGCUCCUUCCCUGCUCUUCCCACUCAGACCCAUGAUAAGUAGCCUGGGGCCAGUGUCCCUAAGGCAGCUGCAUGAAAUACAUGAUAUUGUGUCUACAUGUAUCAUGUCUAUCCUGUAUUGCUUCAGCUUUGCUCUAGGCCAGCUCUUGUACUUGCUAGAAGUACAUUUUCUCACUUCUGUGCAGCAGAAGCCCAGGAAAGAGACUGUGUAUUCCUGUUUGUCACGAGCAUUUUGCACAGCUCUUGUACAUGAUAUUUAAAUACCUGUAAAUACCUGAUUCACAGAAUUGCAGAACAGGCUGAUAUGGGAGUGACACAGAAAGAUCAUCAAGUCCAACUCCCAGCCCUGCACAACCCAUCCCCAAGAGUCACAAAGCUGCUCAGUGUGAGUGAAAGAGGUAGCCUCUACAGCAUUGUAAGGCUGUAUUCCAGUAUAUAAUCCAGAAUAUUCCAAUAUUCUUUUCCCUACACGGCCACUUCCAUAAUUCAAGCCACUUUCACUAAUAUUCAACUAUAUUUGCAAACUUAAAGAGAACUAAAUAUACCCUGAUAGGCCUUGGAUUUGAAUGUUAAAGCCAUGAACCUGUGUCUGUUGCAUCCAAAGGAUCUUUUGGGCAUUCACUACAAGGAGAGGAGGAAGCAAACAAAUAGCCCAGAGAGGUUGUGGAGUCUCCCUCACUGGACAUAUUUAAGAACCAUCUGGACUCAGUCCUGUGCCAUGUGUCCUGGGAUGACCCUGCUUGGGCAUGGACCAAAUGACCCACUGUGGUCGCUUCCAACCUGACUCACACUGUGAUUCUGUGAUUUUGCAAACAGUCUGUAUCCUGCUCUGUCUGCAUCCUCACUUUAACUCCUGCUUUACCUUUGCAGAGCUCAGUAGGCUCUUUCCAGCUUGGCAGAGUGACUGCAGGGAUGGAAGGAACCAACAGCAAGGUUUUAACCAGCAGUGUAGGUGUGACAAAAUCCUAGAAGCUGGCAGAGCUUUGUCUGAGCAGAGCCAGCAGCGGGACCCAUGCAGGCCAUGUUGCAAUCUUUCCCAAAUCCUGUGCCUUUCCCAGCUUGCCAGGUUGUCUAUCUGAGCAGCACAGGCCACCAGGCAGGCACAUGCAGUGGGGUCUUUUUCUGUAAUGAUGUCUGCAUCCCCACAGGACUGGAAGGGCAUGCCCAGACUGCUCUUAAAAUAAUAAGGAAGGACUAAAAUGACAGAGUAAGUCAGGUCUCAGCCAAGUAUGCAAAUUGGCUAGGACUCAAGAGUCAGAGAGAAGGAUACCAAUGUAUUCUUAAAUUAGUACCUAGCAAUUAAUCUCAUAAAUACAAUUCUGUAGCUGUGACACAGCUUUGGGCAAACCUUUCCUUUGUAGAGCUUAAAGUGAAAAUAUGGAAUUCUAUGGCAUUUUACUGCUUACACUUGCUUAAAGCUACAGUUUGCCAUGAUAAGGGAAAGCCAGGGAGAGGUACCACAACCUGUGUAACAUUUCCUCCAAAGCACCUGUCACAGAGAAAUUGAAUUAUCCAUAAACCUUAUGCAGGAAUUUAUGGUUGCUUAGCCAAGAGACAUUCAAAGUGAAGACAAGUUCCUGUGUCUGACUGAGAAAGGUCUUUGUCUGACUUUGCAAACUCUUGAUGAAGACUGUUUGCUGCUUCUGAGAGCUGAUUCCCAGUCUGAGCUGGAGGGAGAGGCUGCAGAGGUGGCCUCUGCAGAAGUGGAGAUGAUGCCUGGACGCUCCUUUUGCUCUUCACAUGCUGUUUUCAGUCUGGCACCUUUUCAUUUGUGUUAGAGAAGGCCCUACUUUCCAGAAUAUCUCAAGAGGUGCGAGAACUAGUUGCUUUUCUUACUUUAAAACCGAGAUGUGCAGGACUAGCAGCAGGCAAAGAGAGCAUUCCAUGGAAACCCGACUGUCUGGUGAGGAGCACAACUGGCUGGGUGAAAAAUGAGCUCAGUAUUUGUAUAAUAACAACCAUAAAAACUUACACUUUUAUCUCAAGGCUUUCAGAGCACAGACUGAAUUACAGCUUUUGCAGACCAACAGUACCAGAAGUGAAUUCUCUCCUUUAUUUGCCUUUUUGCUCAAAAAGUAACUACCUGCUUUCUCAGCCUCUGCUCCACCAGAUGCUCAGGUGAGGUAUUUAAGCACAUAUUCUUUGUGAUGCUUCAUCAAGGGCUAAAAUCUGUGUAGGUAACUGUAUCCAUCAUCACCAGGAACAACAAAAAUGAAAAGAAAUUGUUUCUUUCUGGUAUUUAUUUGUGCUAACAGAAAUUAUUAUGAUUGCAAAAUUGUGUGCAGAAACGCAAUAUUUAAAAUGGCAUAUUUAAGCUGAGUUGUGAUUUUAAUUGAUAAUGUGAUGUGACUGUAUCUUUAUAGAUGUUAGCUCUGAAAUCCAUGCUGUUUUUAUAUAUAGCUAACACAACAAAACUUUUUCAGACAUCAUGUUAAUGUGACUAUUUCUGUUUGCCCUUGUGUUUAGGACAGCAAUCUUUUUUCUUGUACUCAAGUGUUGUAAAGCAUAUAUGUGAGCAUGUAUUUUUUGUAAAUUAUGUGGUUUUAAAUGUAUUGAUAAUUAUAUCAAAAUUCUUUUAGCUGGAAGUGAAAGUGGCUGGAUGUCAACUACUGACUGCAGCAAUAUAACUAUCUUUGUAUAUUUAUUUUGUGGAGAGAAAACUCCUUUUUAACAUUAGUCUGAAAUAAUUGUCUGAUUGAUAGCAAUAUUGAAAUCCAUGCCUAUAUCCCUAUUUAACAUCUUUUAUGUAAGGGAUUGCAUUCUUAUUGGACUUUUAUUUAGAAGUUUGUCCAGAAUGUGACAGAAGAGGUGCUACUUUUGCAUCUGGCUUGGGGAGAUAUGCUGCUUCCUGUCUGAAAUGAUGAGAUUUCAGAACCUUCACUGAAGGUAAACUGUGCAGCUGAGAAAGGUCAGGUCUAUUUGUAACACACUUUGGUUCGAAUUAUCACAUGACCUCCCUGAGUUCAGAGUAAAGGAUGUAUCAAAGAAGCUCCAAUGUGCUGUAAAAGGGUUUAUGAUGCUCCUCUGGAAAUGGAUGACACAAGUCAAAUGAUAAAAAUUUCACUAGCAUCCCUUCAAAAAACAAUUAUCCAGCAAAAUGGACUGAAGGACUUAUUCUACUUCAGGAGCUGCUGCAGUACCUCUCCAGCUACACAGUGAAGGCUUGGAUCAGUCACUUUGGACACACUCACACCCCCCAGAUCUGAGCACUGUCACCAUUGAAAAUAAAACAUUAUUUCCAGAAUGUGAAAAGAUAAAUUGUUCUUUCAACAGUGCUAUGUUUAUUUAUUUCUCUGCUAUGUGUGUGUACCACUGUUUCUUUUGCCACAAACUGCAGUGAAAUUUGAAAAUUAUCUUUCUAUACUUUAUAUCUUCUUCAGACAGAACUGUUUCUUUGCUCUUUUGUUCUUUUCAAUAAGAUUUGUUUUCUCAUGAUCCUUUCAUUACUACUGGGAUACAGUGAUACAGCAAGUGCUAGUGAAUUGGCUCAGCCAAAGUUGAUUUGGACUCCUGAAUUCAUUCAUUUGAAUAGAUGAAAUCAAUGGAAUUGAUUUAAAUUCAAAUCUGAAUCUUGGAAAUUUGAAUUCUAACAAACUAUGUAAAAGAGACUGGUUUAGAGGGAAUUUCUUCUUCACCUACCCAGAGUAAUUCCUGUUUCAUUCUAUCACUUCAUGUGGUUUAUAUAUUUGGUUAUUAUAAAUAUUGUGAAAUUGUUCAGAGAAAUGUACUAUUGAUAAAUGUAGAACAAUUUCUGUUCAAAAUAAGCAUUUUGUAAUUCUUGGAUGCAUGCUACUGUGGGGAUUAAUUUGUAAUGGAUUUUUGUUGCUACUCUAAUAAAAUGUUGAGCAAGACAA